AUGACACAAUACCUGUUCACCUACCGGGUACUGGCGUUCUUUCGUGUUCCCUUUUGACCAAAGGGGUUCCUUCAAAGCAUUCUCAUCGGGGGGUGCUGCAGCCUCCCACUUCCCGCGCCACUCCUGAAGGCAAACGCAAUCCCAAGCAUCAAGUUGAAGAGUACAGACGUGGAAAAUGAGGAGAGGUAAUCCAGGCCACAGCGAGCAACUGUAAAACAAAAGAAAAUGAGGUGUCCUUCAGACGUCACUAUAAAAGAGCUUCACCCUGAGAAGCACCCUCCCCUCCACAUUAAAGAGGAGUUGGAGAUGCCAUACAUCAAACAGGAGGCAGAGCCAGAGACCCCCAACAUUAAAGAAGAAGAACAAGAAGAUGAAAUCACCAAGUCUCCAAUGACUGUUCGUGUGAAGAGUGAAGAAGAUGAAGGUCCAAGCGAAGAGAGCGGAGCAGCAAAACUCUGGAGCAACAGCUUACUUCAACACCUGACAACAAAAGAAGAGGGACGGCCGCAACCUGACGGUUUGUUAGCGCCACUCUCGGAAAGUGACGACGUAACAUCACACUCUUCAGACUUUAACACUGAUGAGGAGGAUAAUGACUUUGAGCAAAACGCUUCCAAAUCCCUAAAAGGGUCAUCACCUUUUACCUGCUCACUUCGUGAGCAAACAUUUUCUUGGAAGCAUCACUUAAAAAGACACAUGUAUACACACACAGGGCAGAAGCCUUUUGCCUGCUCACUUUGUGAUAAAAGAUAUUGUACCAAGUAUCAGUUGACAAGACACACACGUACACACACUGGGGAAAAGCCUUUUGUCUGCACAACUUGUGGUAAAGGAUUCGCUGAGAAAGGAAGUUUAAGCAAACACACAAUGACACACACUGGAGAGAAGCCUUUUCCCUGCUUAUUUUGCCAUAAAAGAUUCUCUCGGAAAUCAUAUCUAAACUGUCAUACCAAAUCACACACUGAAGAGAAGCAAUUCGCCUGCUCACUUUGUGAUAAAAGAUUUUGUACGAAGCAUCAGUUGACAGGACACACACGUACACACACGGGGGAAAAGCCUUUUGUCUGCACAACUUGUGGUGAACGAUUCGCUAAGAAACGAAGUUUAAACGAACACACAAUGACACACACUGGAGAGAAGCCUUUUGUCUGCACAUGUUGUGGUAAAAGAUUCCCCGACAAGGGACAUUUGAACGAACACACAAGAACGCACACCGGAGAGAAGCCUUUUGACUGCUCACUCUGCGAUAAACGAUUUUGUUCAAAGAAAGAUGUAAUAAGACACAUGCGUAUACACACGGGAGAAAAGCCUUUUGUCUGCACAACUUGUGGUAAGCGAUUCACUGCGAAGGGAAGUUUAAACCAACACACAAUGACACACACUGGAGAGAAGCCUUUUCCCUGCUUAGUUUGCCAUAAAAGAUUCUCCCGGAAAGCCGUACUAAACUGUCAUACCAAAUCCCACACUGGAGAGAAGCAUUUCGCCUGCUCUCUUUGCGAUAAAAGAUUUGUUCAUAAGCAACAGUUAACAAUACACACACGUACACACACUGGGGAAAAGCCUUUUCUCUGCACAUUUUGCGGUAAAAGAUUCUCCCAAAAGAAACAAUUAAUAUGUCACACAAGGACACACACCGAGGAAAAGCCUUUCGCAUGCUCUCAUUGCGAUAAAAUAUUUUGUACGAAGCGUCGGUUAACAACACACACAUGUACACACACUGGGCAAAAGCCUUUCACAUGCUCUCUUUGCGAUAAAAGGUUUUGUACGAGGCAUCAGUUAACAGGACACACACGUACACACACCGGGGAAAAGCCUUUUGUCUGCACAGCUUGUGGUAAAAGAUUCAUUCAUAAGCGAAGCUUAAACAGACACACAAGAACACAUAAUGGAGAGGAGCCUUUCAAAUGAUCAUAGUAAUCAUAGAUUUUUAUUUAUAGAACGCUUUUACCAAUGCUAAAAGACAGUUAAAACAAAGAAAAGGCUAACACAGUACUUCUCAAAUACUGGGGCGCGCCCUCCCCAGGGGGGCGAAGAGCGAUGCCAGGGGUGGCGCAUGUAACCUCGGGGAACAAGCUUUUUUUUUUUUUGGCCAUACUAGAAUAAAGUGUACAUCCACUCAGUGGGUGGCAGUGGCGCUCUCAUUUUCAAAAUGCGCGCAGUAUUUUUGAAGUAAGCAAGAGCACACAGAAGAGAGAUAUGAAGAGCUGUGCGCCGUUUUCGAAAGCCGUUUCCCGGCCGGACUCACGCAGCGACCCACUGUCUUCUCCGGUUCUCACGUGCCCGCCCGAGAAGUGCCAUUUUCGGCUUGGGAUCGUCACGCCGACCGCCCUCACCUAAGGUACUCCUCGGCCGCCGAGAAUCCGCUUUUUUUGGGCCGUUUGCCUUUUGGCUUUGGCAUUUAAUACAGUGGUAGAUGAGGAAAGACCACUGUUUACUGUGUCUAAAAAGGAUUAUAGCGGACAGCCGAAAGCCAAAUCAAUUAAGACGCCACUUAAAGACAUUGGACCCCAAUCUCAUUGAUAAGCCGCUUGUUUUUUUUUCAGCGAAAACGUGCCGAAUAUAGCCAACAAUCAUCCUGCUUUGUCAGUGUUAUAUCAGUAAACCAGUGAGCACUGUUAGCAUGCUCAGUGCAAAAUAACCCCACACCAUUGCAAACUGGAGGUGAUACUUUGAGCAGUGAGCAGCGAAAAUAAAAACUGUCCUUCGGUCCAAAGACACUUUUUUUUCUUCUUCUAUUCAGUUUUGUUUUUUCGGUCAAAUUUUUUGGCAUAUUGUCCUCAUGAGUUAAUGUUUCUAAACAAUUUGAAUUUUUUAUUAUUAACAGAUUUUAUUUUUCAGUAUCAAAUUGUCAAAAAUGAACCUUGAGUGUAUUUUUAGUUUGGAUGUGACUUUUUUUUUUUUUUUUUGUUAAGGCAAAUUGAUGCGCGUUAGUCUUUUCUGUUACAAACAAAACAAUGUUAAUAAAGUUAUACUUUAUAAGUUCAUCUCUUUUAUUUUCUCUAAUAGAAAAAUGUGAGGCAGAGGCGUACUUAUAAUAGUAAUAUUAUAGACAAAAGAUACUAUUUACAGUGGCGGCAGAGUUUGGGGGGGCGCGAAACAUUUACGUCUUCCUUGGGGGGGGCGUAACAGAAAAUAAUUGAGAAGCACUGGGCUAACACAACGUGCGCUAGAGCUGGACGGGAAAAUGAAAAUUUACAGUUACCGAGAUUCUUCAUGAUGGGCGUCGUAAUUUUGACCAUGUUGGUAAAUUCAGUAAUUUAUUAAAACAAGAAAAUAUUGUCUUUUCAUCCCGCAUUGACUCUGUGUUGUUUGGCUCUUUUCAUUUACGUAUGAAGUCACGUGGUUAUCACUCAGGAAGUCAAACAAACCAAGCCCGGUAGGUUAACACUACCCCUACAAGCAAACGUGAUGGAGUGGGGCUUUAGGGAGCUUCGCCAAACUUUCACCCAACAUUCAGUGGACUCUUGACGGCCUCCAGACGGGCUUUCACCUGCUUUCCUUCCUGGUUCUCACGAUUUCAAGAGCGUGUGUUUUCAGUGCAGCUUUCUACUGAUAGCCAGGCCACAGGCUAACGCUAGCGGCUAACACAGGCUACAAAUGAACAUGAUGGCGUCAGAUAGCGGCUCUAACCUUGUCGAAACGGCAGAACUUAAUGAGUGGAUUGUGCACGGACUGCAUCUUGCAAUUAGUAUGCCGCGUUAUUUUGUAUCUCUGUGUGUGUGAUUUCUUUAUCUUUUAUGACGUUAAAGCAUUCUGCAAAAUAAUAAUCCAGUAGUGACCGUUUAAGGGCCACAGGUAUUUUUUUGUAUGUGCUUGCUUAAUUGUGUGUCAUUACUGCCAUCAUAAAACAGCGAUGCCGGGGGUGGCGCAUGUGGCCUCGGGGAACAUACUUUUUUUUUUGCCGGACUAGAAUAAAGUGUACUUGUAUAUCCAGUCAGUGGGUGUCUGUGGCGCUCUCAUUUUCAGAGUGUGUGCAGUAUUUUUAUAACCAAACACGCGCACAUAGCAAAGAAUGCAGUAGGAGACAAGGAAAGACCAGUCUGUUUACGGUGUCUAAAAAUGUUUGCAGCGGGAAACCAAAUCAAUUAAGACAUCACUGAAAGACUUUACACCCAGAUCACAUUGAUAAGCCACUUGAUUGUUUUUUAGCGAAAACGUGCCAAAUAUUGCCAACAAUCGUCCCUCUAUGUCAGUGUUACAUCAGUAAACAGCAUACACUGUUAGCAUGCUCAGUGCUAAAUAA